GAAAACAAGUGACGAUUACCGACUCACUCUUCACACUGGCAACAUGGCCGCUUUGGAUGCUUUCCGGGACAAGCCGUUUGCCAAAAAUGGCGAGCUUCCUUUAAUCACAGGCGGGAUGAGUCUAACCAACACGGCCGCGGGGGACUACCUUUGUGUAGGGGAUUACAUCACCUUGUAUUCCGUGGAGACCGAGGGGUACGUCUACAGCACAGAGUCCAGCUCGGCCCACAACAGUCUGUACAUAUAUCACAACCAGGACAAAGAGAAGCCAAGUGGGAUCCCUAAUCCGCAAGCCGUUGUAUUUCAAAUAUGCAUACAGAACCGCUACAAGCUGAACAAAAAGCUUCGCAAGUGGCUCUCCCAGAGCGGAGGGACGCCGAGCGCAACGGAACAGAAGGGGAUGAUGGCUCAGACGAAGCUGGCGGCCGAGGCGGAGAAUGCCGACAGCGGCGAACAGAAACGACAACAGGGGAAGAGGGUGCGCUAUGGAGAAAUAGUCCAGCUGAAGCACAUCUUGACGAACAAAUAUAUCCAUAUGUGUACAUCUCAAACCAGCCAGAGAGACAAGAACAAUAUGAUGGUUACUCUACAAGAAUUCAACGCUAAGAAUGCCCAGUUUCGGAUUUUACCGCAGUACAAAGUGAAGUCAGAAGGUGAAGUGGUUCAAAUCUAUGACCAGAUUGUGUUUGAAAGUAUCAAGUCCCCUGGUCAUUAUUUCCAUGCCAGUCAACCAUGGAGGAUCGAUCACUUCACGUUUGGGUCAGAGGUCAAUCUCGGAGUGGAUCGAUCUGGUUUCAGCCUUAUCCGCUUCUCAAAAGAUCAGCCAGAAUGGGAUCACUAUGUCAAGGGAGGAUCGGUGAUUCGACUGUUCCACAAAGAGUUGGAGGCAUACCUCGUGGCGGAGGGAUUGUUUGACGAAGAACUUACAGAAGAUGGAAUUGAUGACCGUCAGAAUCUUCAUUUCCGAAUCCGAGUGAUGGAUCAACAUAAGCCUCGCACGCUGUCACCACCGACGUCUGGAAAUACUUUUUGGCAGAUAGAAGCAGAAGCUGGUAUUCUCAAUGGUGAUGUCCUCCGCUGGGAACAGCAAGUUCGAUUGCGUCACAUGACGACUCGUAAAUACUUGUGUAUUGAUGGCAACAAAGAGAUUUCCCUGACAACUGACUGCGAGGACCCCAGGACAGUAUUCAGACUGCAUUCUGUUCUAAGUGAAAGAGACGAAAUCCGUUUCGAAAGCUAUGCAAGAAUUGAACAUGUUCUCACAGGGUUUUGGCUGCACGCCUUGAAAGAUGAGGACUAUGUCAGGAAACAGUUCCGGGAUUGUAACAACGACCAGUCUCUUCAGGGUUUGCAAUGGGAUGGUGCACCUGUUAGACAGAUUGCUGCCAGCGGAGAGUGUGCUUACGAUGACGCUUUCACCAUCCAGUUCGUAGAGCUCGAGUACGUCACCAAUUUCAACUAUGUGGCGGGCAUGGUACCCUUUCUCCUCAACCUGAUUGACGACAGGCGAGAGAAUGUUUUCCUCAACGGAAAGAAAACUCACAACAUAUUGACAGCCAUGACAGAACUGCGCAAGUUUAUGAUCGUGAAAGGUCAGACGAAUAAAAACAGACAGAAGCUGAUGAGGAAUCUUCGGGUCAUUGACCUUCUUGUCAAACUGCUUCAGUGCCCGCUAGAUGGCGCCGCGGAUGAGAUCAACUUGAUACAAGUAUUUAAAGAGGCAUACGAUAUACUAUACACGUACAUGUGCGGAAAAAGUCGGAAAAACGCCCUAUACUUUGCGAAAUACAUCGAGUUUUUCCAGACUCAGUUUACUCAGAAGGGAGGUAUUGGGCUGAAUGUUGCCCAAAUGAUCGUGGAACUGAUUCGAGACAAGCGGAAGAUUGUGGACCGCAUUACUCACUCCCAGAUUGAUCAGUUUGUAUCACUCCUCCGGACCAAUCAGAAUUACCGCUUCCUCGAUUUGAUGCAAGUGUUGUGCGUUUGUGACGACGUGGCUAUCCCAAACAACCAAACCUACAUUGUACAACAAUGGUUACAGGACGAAAGGGAGGGUGUGUUUCUGACAGCUCGAGGGCAGGAUAUUAAUCGGCAGCCUAACAUUCUGUACGUGUCCACAGACGCUGGAGCCAGCUGGAUAGCUCUGCACGACUUUAUUGAUACCACAUACCAUUCGUUCAAUCAGGAUAUGUACGACUUCCUCAUUCACCAGCUGGACCUGUAUAAAGCCCUGUGCUACGGUAGGAAUGAUUACGCAAUUAAUGCCAUCACUAAGGAACUGCGUUAUUUGACGUGGGAGGAGACAUUUCUGUGCCUAAGGUCGGACAUCUUGCCGGAUACGAUCAGAGCCAAAUACUGUGAUCUCACAACCAGUUUAUUUGUGGAUGUCGGCAACAACUAUUCCGUGCUUGAUCACCCAAACAUUUGCUUUAUCUAUGAUUAUGUUGGAUCUAAGGAUGAGGAGAAAAGCCAAGGGGAUUUCGUGGUCAAAGAGCUGGUUGCCAUCUUUCCUGUGUUGAGGGACUGGAUUGCCGAGUUUCUGCUGACGAACAAAUGUAUGGUGGCUUCCGAAAUCGGUCACAAUAUGCUGAUAGAACAGGUUUUGCGGCUGCUCUACCAUCUGGUUCAAUUUGGUUACUACUUGGACUCGGACGAUGUCCGCCAGCUAUUACACCCUCUCCUGAAUCUACUGGAUGGCAGACACGACUUCCCCUUCCAUAAGGACAGAGAGAAGGGCUACUCAAAAGAGGCAAUGAAGAAAUGCCAAACGUAUAUGGCUGGAGAGAGAUAUGAACAGGGUCCGGAAACAGAAGCAAUAGUCAACGCAAAAUACCAGGCCCUGGAAGUGGUAGACCUCCUGUUGACAUACCUGAGAAAUGUCAGACUACAGAGUUUUGUGUCAAAGUUUAAGACAGCUGAACAGUUAGCGGCACAGCGUAGAGCCCACGUGCUCAUCCCGCUUCUGUACGACACCUUCAACCCCCAAGACCAAACAAAGAAAGGUUUGAAGAAACAAAAGCAGGUGAACAAGGAACUGAGGGAAAUGUUUCUGAACUCGUCGAUAUUUGAUACUGAGCAAAUUACAAAGGUCUUACUGGAUUUAUCAAACUACAAAUACAACAAAUUGAUCACAAAGUCUCUGGAUAUACUUAACAAGAUGUACUCCUCAAAGACGAACAUGUUCCGCCUGUCUUCUAAAGCCCAGGUAUUGUUGACUCAAGAUUCAUCUCGCGUACACAGAGAAGUCCUGAAGAGUAUGCCUAUCCUGAGACGUCUGGCGCGGACCAAACUGGAUGACCAACAGGUCAAGCUGAUGGGAGAGAUUCUGGAUGACCUGGCUGAGUUCUGCCACCUACCCAUGACACCGGAUGAGCCUCAUCCCAUGAACCAGAACAUCCUGAUCAGUAACGGAAUCCUCAUCAUACUCUUUGACCUUCUGGUGCAAGACAUCGACACAAAGCUUUUGGAACAAUAUGCUGGAAUGAAAGACAUAUUCAAGAAGACACUAUACCUGUUGAAACUUUUGGCCAAAGAGAACGAUUCUGUGCAGAGUCAUAUCUUUGACAGACUCGACAUCUUACUAGACGUCAAGGUUGUGGAAUCUGACUUAGCCAUUGCCCUCAAAGAGGUAUUCUCCGGCAAUCAGAACACGUGUUUGAAGAUCCACCCUCGGCAGAUCCAGAAGAUCGUGAACCGAGUGGCAGAUAUGCAGGAGAAGGCACCCGAGUUCCUCGACCUACUGAGUAUGAUCGUGAAGGUUCUGGGAACAGGUUUGACGCUCAAACGUAACCAGGCCUACGUCAUGAAGUAUAUCAUGCAGAAUUACAAGAAAGUGGCUUACGUUUUGGAUCAGCCCAGGGAUAUUAGAGAGAAGAUCUUGACUGACCCAGAGCGGAUCUGUACCCUUCGCUAUUACAUCAGUUUGUUGGAUCUUUUGGCUACGUGUGCUGAGGGUGAGAACAUGUUCAUCGAGUCUCUGUGUCAGACUAUCCUACCACUGGAGGACUUGCUGUGGGUGCUGAACAACCCCCGGGUGGACAACGUCUUGAAGAAACCGUUUCUCCGCUGUCUUCACCAUGUGUAUAUGAGGAGUAACGGGACAGUGGUGGAGACAGGCGCCGGGGAAUUGCCUCACGAUGAGUCUUUGUGGAAUUACUUGGCCUCUGUGGCGAUAGCCAUGAACAGAUUGACUGACAGCGUCAAGGAAGACCCUGACAAGAUUGCAAUUCAUCUAAAAACUGCACCAGAGAAAAGCGGGUCUGCCCAUACUCCGGAUUUUGAGUCCUCCGCCUACGGCAGCUGUCUGUAUUUCCUCGAGGGGGUCAUGCCCUUCCUGGAGACAUUCUUCAGGGACUUCUACUUCCCCGACCAGGCUGGAUAUGCUGAUGAAAUAGACGAGACGGACCACUUAGCCAAGGCUGUAGUGAUGUUCAGCGAGAUCAUUGGCCCGCUGUUGAGUAAACCAGAACACAUGAAGAACAUGGUCCAUUGCCUGACGUCUGUUGUGCCUGCCUCAAAUAUGCCCAAUUCAAAUCUGGAGAAUAUAUUAGACAGAUUUGCUUCAGGAAUCACAGUGGAGGACACAUCAAGUGCCAUCAGAAGGGGUAAUAUUGAGUAUUACUCGGAAGAGAUUGAACUCAACAACAAAUUCCGAAUAUUUGCCAAGAACUGCAGCUUGGUGUUUGGCGGACAUAACACGGUACAAGCUCAAAUCAAGAUCAAAUCUAAGAGAGAGUACACGACGAUCGGAGGUGACGAAGAGUUACCUCUGGGUGAGGAGUUCCAAAGUCACGUGCGUUGUUUUAUCAACUACAGCGAGAAGAAAGCCCCAAAGCGAUUUGAACUGGCAGCAAAACUCAUAGAGCAGCUGGCUAUUGCCCACAAAACUACACGGGUUCCUGAGUCCAAGAAGCAGGAAUUCUACGACCUUAAUGUGAAGUGCCUGCAGCUGUUAAGGGCAUUGAUCCACAACGAGGAGAGGAAACUACCGGAAGACUGGGAAACCAGGACAAGCGAGUCAAAGAUCAAAAAGCAACUCAAAGUGAUUACCAGCAUGCAGGAUUUCUUUAACGGUAAAGGCGUGUUACGUAACUCGUUACCCCACCUGUCCUCCAGGUGUGACGACAUGGUCAGGGAGGUCCUGGGAGCCAUAUGCAUCAUGCUUUUCAACGCCAACAAAGUUGUUCAGCAAUCCAUGUUGGAUUAUUUCUUAUCAACAAGAGAGGAGGUGUUCUUCAUGGCGGUCAGAGACCGUAUGCAAAUGUCAACAAAUUCCAUUAAAGAAAAGCGUUCCCUUUUGGCUCAACAACAGGCCAGGAUGAAGGAUGCCCACGGGUCAUUCGAUAAAGGAGACACCGGUUCCAUUGCCAUCAGUAGAGUGGCUCUGCGGCAAAUCCAAGCGUAUGAGGAUGUGAUGAGACAGCAGAGACUAAGCGGAUGGGCAGUGACGAAUCGCAAACGAAUGGGUCAGACCAAGAACACCGUGAAGAAAAAACAGAAGAAAACUGAAGACGGCAAGAAGAAGGCACUGAAAGACAAACAGAAAAACGGAGAUCUUCUAAAACAAAAUGGCAUGAACGAAAUGAAGUGCAACAAAGGCUCUCCGAAGAAAGAGGUGAAAUUUACAAACUCCAUCAUGGGCGAGGGAGAUGCCCUUAUUCAGCACCCGGAUACCGAUCUCGAAAUGGAACUGGAAGGUAUCCAGCAAGAGGAACCGACAGAAAGCCAUCAAAGCGCACCUGAAGCGAAGGACGAUGGUUAUAUUGAGUUGGUUCUAAGAGUGAUGGCGCGCAUGUGCGAUGGUCAAAACCAAAAUCUUCAGGAUUACCUUCGUGAACAACCAGACAACAUCAAAUCCUUCAACAUCAUUGGUGAGGUGACCAGGUUUUUGGAUGUGAUUUAUUCCAACAUUAACGGGAGCUCAAUCGACCUUGUCAUACAGUUAUUUGAGACAAUGAACGAGUUCACGGCGGGGAAUCAGGACAACAGACUCGUGAUUUAUGACAACAAGAUCAUUGACUACAUUAACUUCAUAAUGAGGGCUGGAGAACUGACCGACUGUCCGACGGAGAAGAUUCUGCAGCUACGUCAAUGUAUCGCUAACUUAAUCAUGUCACUGAUUGAAGAAAAUGGACCAAGUGCCACUCAGGUGGCUAUGGAGGUAAAAGAUACAUUAGACAAGAAAUCUGUCUACCAACUGAUGGCAGAGUGUUACGAAAUGCACCAACCAGACAAGAAGAAGUUUGAAGAAAUUAAAAGCGUGACGGCGGCAAACAGCAGUGGAGGAUAUUUUAGUGCCGCCAAAUCCUUCGCUAAAGCCGGUGGGAGUUUCCUCAGUAAUGUAGUGUCAAAGAAAAUGAAAGAAUACGCAGACGAAUAUAUGGAUGUUGGCUUCAGUUUCUACCUCAUAUUGGCCAGGAUGUACGAUGUAGAUCCAAAGCUUGCUCACAGACUUGUUAUCCUUCCCCAACAACAAAAAGCCUUUGAUUUUUAUAAGAAAAACUGCAACUCCAUUGAAGUCGUCAAAGAGGACGAGUUACAGAAGGUGAAUUUCAGGGUUCGGAACAAGCGGGUUCUCAGGGAAGAGGUGAAAGAAAAGCUCAAAUGGAACGUGGACCGGUCAUCUCCUAGCAAUAAAAUUCGUGACCUGAUGGACUGGACCCGUGACAUCAUGAAGGACAUUGCCUACCAGAAAAGAAUACUCAGCAAUCCCAUAGCCAUCUGCUUGACCAAGGGAUGGCUGCUUUGGAACCAUGGGGUGACCUUGCUCAGUUUUGCCAUCAACAUACUCAUGCUGGUAACAUGGGAUGCUAAGGCGUCUCUUCCACCAGGAUACAGUUCGAAAAAUACCACAGCCCUGCCACCUGGCAUUUACGACCCAAUCCCCCAAAUCAAGACGUUGACGUUAGAGGAGUACGAGAUUGCCAUCUACGCCCUGGGCGGUCUGCACAACCUCCUCUCACUGUUUGUCCUUAUCAGCUACUUUGUCUGUAAUCACCCACGGCUACCCAGCAUCAAGAGCAUCGGAACCUUCUUCAAAAAACUUUGUCGGAAGAAAGAUGAAAUCGACGAAGAAGAAGAACGAAAAAAGCAGCAUACUUCAAAACUCGACGCUCGCUUUUUCAGCUUUACGACCUUCUACUAUCUGGCUUUCCUGGGCUUGUCCCUGGGAGGUACCCUCUUCCACGGUUACUUCUUCGCCUUCCAUUUGCUAAAUAUCGUUAACAACAACCAGCUUUUGGGAGGAGUGAUCAAAGCUGUAACACAGAACGGCAAGUCGCUGUUGUGGGUGGCUGUGCUUGGCCUCUGCGUGUUCUACCUGUACGCUAUCUGCGGCUUCGCCAUGAUGAGGAGCAUGUUUAACCCGGACGAGUACUUGUAUUGCAGCUCGUUGUGGGAGUGCACCCUCACUGUCGUCAGAUACGGUCUUAUCGGAGAUCUCUUUGAGGUUAUGAGGGCACAUCCUUCAGAGGCAACCUUCUCGAAGUUUGGAUUUAUGGUUCUCUACCACGUCUCCUUCUUCAUUUUCAUCACCACAAUUGGCCUCAACAUCAUCUUCGGUAUCAUCGUGGACACAUUCUCAGAGUUGAGAGACCUCAAGUGGACCGCGGAAUCCGACAUGAGAGACACCUGCUUUAUUUGCAGUAGAAACAGCUACGACUUUGAGCAUCAUGGAAAAGGAUUUGACCACCACGUUCGCCAUGAACAUAAUAUGUGGGCCUACAUAUUCUUCUUCAUACACCUGAAUGGGACGAAGGUCAACGAUUACACUGCCAUGGAAAUGUUUGUCCACAAACUUCUCAUCAAUGAGAAUUACGAUUUCUUUCCCCUGGAUCGAGCCCUGUCACUGGCGUCUAUGGGCAAAGACUCUACCGAGUCCAAACUGGAUGAUCUCAUUGCUCAUGUGAAUUAUAUUGUUGAGAAACAGAGACGAGAGGACGCAGAGAAGAAGAGGCGUGAAGAACGUGUGCGCCAGAAGAUUUGGGAACACAAGCAUCGCCUGGGGUCAUUCCGACGCCGUGCCAAGCUUCCGGGUCCCCGGGACCCCGACCCUCUAAUGUCGCUUUCCCCGGGUCAACUCGACGACCCUCGCUUACUUGCCCUCAGUUCCUUCAGACGAGGCAGCGAUGCCGGCAGCUUUAGCCCUGGAGGUGGUCAGCAGCCUGAACGUCGCAGUAGUCAGAGCCGAAGUCCGAAAGGAAGACGAAGCUUGAGUCCCAUUCACUACCCGUCAGAAGUCGGUGACGGCCGAUACAGUCCAUCGAGGCGAGAAUUGGACGACAGCAACAUCAGGAGUCUUAGCCCUGUACGCUUUGACGAGAGCCGCAGCCGGACUCCACUGGCGUCUCGUCAGGGCAGUGAGGCAGAGACAAUAGGAAUGAGCCCUACCCAUUCACGGAGGGAGUACUUAUCCCGAGAGCCCGGCUCACUUCUGAGCCCCAGUUGGAUUGAGAGUCGCUCAACGAGUCCUAGAGCCAGCGCGUUCUUCCCUGACUCCGACAUGCAGCAUCUAUCCCGCGAACAUUCUCCGUACGGUGACCGGCGCACGUCUAUCUCGUACAGUGAGCGCAGAGCGUCCAUUGCCCCGACAGAUUUGCUGACUGAGCAGCUUGAAGGCCCGGCCUUCCCUCCCGACGAUGAUUACCUAUCAAGAGAUAGAGAGACGGACGACGACUCAUGGCAUUACGAAUCAAGACUGUAGAAGCAACAAAUACGGCCUUGUACAUGUAUAUCAGUCAACACAUACGCAUGCAAAACCGUAGAUUUCUUCACCAAUCCCCAUGGCAUUUAACCUCUUCUCGUUUGUUGUGUUGUUGAGCAUUGUGACGUAGUAAUAGCUAUAACAAGAACAGGUGUCGUUUAAUACGUCAGGUGCGACGUCAUAUUUACGUGUAUACCACAUACUUACUUACACGGUAAUAGUCCGUAUUCAUCCACCACUUAUAAAUCCACCAAGUUACGUACAUAUACAUCAUGAGACAUUUCUUAACACUUUUUAUAUGACCACAUGUUAUGUACAGGUUCCGUUGUGGAAAAUGUUUAUCGACUGUACAUCGAUUCCUAACCUUUUUGAACUAUAUAUACACUCAGUUUCGCACGAUUUCUUUUCUGUAAUGCUUUACCACACAGAAAGAAUAAUUCAGCAUGUUGGAAACAUAUCACAUCUUUAUGGAUUUUUUUUGCUGUAUAGAUAUGGACUGUUCAGUGAAAAUUAUUUAUAUAAUACAUAUUUAUUUAUUUAUUUGAUUGGUGUUUUACGCCGUACUCACCGUUAGAAAAAUCAUGACUGGCAGAAAACAGUGUUUUAAAAUUAGCGAAAUGUAUGCAUAUAACAUAGGUAGAAGAUUCGCAUUCCUUUGAUUACAAGUAUAGAUUAAAGUAUAAUGAAAUUGAAAAUUAAUGUUUGUACUUUCUGUAACUAUUAGUGCGAACACUAGUAAUUUUGCUAAAAGGUCUUGAAUGAAAUAAAUGGACCGAGUGUAGGAGAAUGGUUUCUUGGUUGACACAACAGAGACAUCAGAACAAAAACUCUCGAUCGAGCAAAACAUGACCUAAUGGUUAAUGGUUGCCGUUGAUCAUUACGAGGUGAAAAUUCAACCCGGCCUUGGACAUUGAUUUUGUAGAUUUCCUCUCUCUCAUUGAUGGUUGGACCUUGGCAACAAUAAGUGGUCGACGACAUACGUGUGGCCGUAUUCACAGCCUACCAUUGUUGAAAACCCUAUUGUCUUCCGCCAAAUAUUUUGUAAAAAUCUGUACUUCACAAAUGAGAAUGGUCGUCAGUAACUUGCCAGAUGUUGGUGGUUUACGCCGAGCACUCCAGUUUCCUUCACCUAUAAAACUAAGAGAGAAAUAGAACUUAUACCUUGUCAGCACGCUGAUAAAUCGGUUUGGGUUUUUGGUCUAACGUUGUAUAUAUGUAUGAAUACUGCGAGCGGUGUAGUUAUUUGCUUUAAUAUGGACAUCAUCUACUGUCACUGUUCCUUACCAACAUCACUUGGUGCAAAGGUCACCUAUGGAACGCUUCCUUUUUGUCACAUUUGAUGAACUGAUUAGAAAGCAGUUUCUACUCCAUUUCUUGAUCUGGUUGCAUUGGUGCCAUAUAGCAUGGUAAACAUUUAAACAGGGAGUCAGGAUUAAGUGUUGAAAUGCAGCAGCACCUAUCUUUGUGCGAAUACUGCUCUACUUUGUGCGAUUACCGCUUCUCUCCGUGCAGUUAUCGCUUCUCUUUGUCCGAUUACAUCUUCGAUCUUUGCGAUGAUCACUUCUCUGUACGUUUACCACCGUGCUAAGGAGCCUUGAACCAGCUCUAUGCUCAAGACACAAAUCUUCCUGCGCCUAAUUCUGGGAAAGUUUGGGGAUUAGAGAUUUCGUGUAUGACCGAUACUACGCAAAUACAGUUUAAAUAUAUUUGAGAAUUCAUUAGUCAGGUUUCGUGGCAAAUUUGUGAAAUGUUUUCUUGGCAAUCCCCACUUUCCUUACGUGAGUGCACUCGGACAUUCUGUACAUUUGAUAUUACUUCAGUCACGACCUACUAAAGCACCAUUUAGCUAUAUAGUUUAUGAAUGAGGUGAACUAUUGUCCGUCUUCCUCCAUGUUAUAUCAUGUAAAUAUGAGAACUUAAAUAUGUUUGGUUGUGAAUAGAUCUCGUCUCUCACCUGUACACUUAGAUCAGUUAUAUACCAGAUUUCAGUCGAAUGUGUUAAAUAGCCUUCCGUUUUUUGUCAGAAUUCGGCAAAGUCUUUCAGGAUCCAGUACUUCAUUGGGAGGAGUAAAUUUUAAGUUAAUUUGAUUAAGUAAUUUAUUUCAUAUUAUAACCAUAAAACAUUUAACUAAUGCUUUUUUUCUUGUAAUUUAGGCAGAUAGAAAUUCAGUAUUUGAUUAGAUAUUCUUUACGUUUGUGUAAAGUUUUUUAAAAUCCAUACCGUAUGUAUAAUAUCUACCCU